GUGACACUGACAUUGCUCAGUGCUUAAAAUCCAAUAAAAGAAGCACCACUGUGACUUUGUUUUAAAAGAUAACGAAAUAUACAUUUAUAGUUUUAUAAUAAGACAAGGAAGGAAACAUAAAAAAGAAAAAUGAGUGGAAUGGCAAGAAAAUUACUGAAUCAGCUUAAAAGCAAAGAAUUUAGAGAAUAUUUAAUGAGCACACAUUUUUGGGGUCCAGUGGCAAAUUGGGGAAUACCAUUAGCUGCUAUUGCAGAUACUAGAAAGGAUCCCAGCUUUAUAAGUGGCAAAAUGACUUUUGCUCUCUCGAUAUAUUCACUCAUGUUUAUGAGGUUCGCUUGGAAAGUCCAACCUCGUAACCUCCUGCUCUUCGCUUGCCACUUCACGAAUGAGUGCGCACAGCUAACACAGGGUGCUCGCUUCAUCAACUACUAUUAUAUACAGGGUGAAAACAAGACGACCGAAGCGAAGUCUUAAAGUUAUAAUUAUUAGACAGUUUUAUAUCGUAGACAAUUGUAGGUUCAAUAAUUUUGUUCAAAAUGGCCACAACCGAUUUUUUUUUUUAAUGUAAAUAUAUACAUAUCACGUGGUGUAUAAUGUGUGUAUAUUUGUAUAUUUGCUCUAUUGAGUUACCCUAAGUUUAUAUUUAUUAUGAAAGUUUGCCAAGAGUAAUUUUGUGUAGAGAAAUUAGCCAAAUUAAAUUAAGUUAUUCUAGAUUUAUGUACAGAAUAAAUAAUGCACAAUGUUAACUAAUAUGAUACUAGGAUUUCAAAUUUAUAUAAACAGUGACAAUCUCUUAAGUCGCAGUAAAAAUGUUUCAAUAAAGCACAAAAUUAAAUACGCAAUUUUUAAUGAAUAUUUAAAUGUUUAUACUGUUGUAAAUCGUUUAUUAAUAUAUUUUAAACGAAAUGAAGGGAUGUGAAUUAAUAUGACAAUUUUUCAUUUCACUAUUGUCCCGUAAUUCCGGAUCCGGUCGGUCCGGAAUAGCAUCUUGAUUUGUUAACUGUAUUUCCGAUUAAAUACGUAAUGUAGUCAUAUAGUAUAUCCGAACAGGGUUCAGAUUCUUGCACUUAUAAAUCAAAAUAUACUUUAUUAAAGUAGGCGCAUGCAAGCACUAGAGAUUAAAUUAAAUUUUAUAAUAUACAGUUAUCACUGGUACGGCAUGUAGAUGUAUGACUGGUAAGAUACUCAGUAGUUACUCUUUAACAACUUAACUAACUUACUCGAUUUAAUAACAAAUAUAUGAUAAUUCUAUUAAAUAUUAUAUUUUUAUUAUAGUAAUUAAUGAAAUUUAAUUUAAAUAUUUAACUUUUAAUGAAUUCUAUCAAAAUGAUUGUAAAUACUUUUAAAGUAUCGUUUUUGUUUCUUUUAAAUCCGUAUUUACAAUAAACUUGAGUCUUAUGUCUUGCUUAUAGAGUUUAAAUUUGCAUGUAAUACAUCGUAUUUUUCAGAAUACACAGUCACCUCUCUGAAGGAGAGCAACUUAUAUUAAAUUAUGUGGAAAUUUGAACUUUACUGCUUAGAUAAUAAUGUUCAUUAAGUUUAACACGUUGAGUAUGAAAUGUUUGGCGUUGUGGCCAUAUAUGUGACAUCGCUGUUUAUGUACAAAAGUAUAUUUUUCGAAUAUUUAUUGUGAUCAUGUCGAUCUAAUUAUACUCUAUUGUUGAUCUGUUA